UUCGUUCUUGUGUUCUCGUUUUAUUAAAAGGGUAGAAAAUAAGAAAUGUUGGCAAAUUGCUCUUGCAAAAAUACGUGUUAACUUUUUAUUCCUAUUAGUUUUGCUAUAGACUAUACGAUUGAAAGUAAUAAGGUGUUACAGUUCAUACUAGACAAUGGACAGCUAUUAGCCUAAGUUUCAGAGAUAUGGCAUCUGGAACAUCAUCCUUGGAGAGUAAUGGAAGUAACCAGUGCUACGAUAACAACUACAAGGGGCAUAGUGGGCACGUGAUGAGCGGCCCAUACGAACCCCUAGGACAGUACGACGUCAUCAACAAGCAAACUAACGAAGGUCUGAAGCAGCAAUGUGAAAAAGCACUGCAUGAGCUGAAUCAACUGAGGAGGCAACACACUGACACUUCGCGCCGCUGUGAACAUGUUAUGAAAGAGCUGGAAUACUUUAGAGGGCAACACCGUGCAGCCAUGAAUCAAUUAGAGGUAUCCGCUCAGGAGGCCAGCAGUCUUCGUGGCAAGUAUGGUGACUUGCUCAACGAUAACCAACGCUUAGAGCGUGAAAUUCAACAUUUACAGCAAAGCAGUAACCCCGAAGGAAGUUCUGACGCACUAGUGCAUACUCUCAGAAAGCAUGAAGCACUCAAAGAGGAAUUCGAAUGCUUUCAAAAGAGUUUUCGUUUCAGAUACGAAGACUUGAUAGAGACUCAUAACGCAACAUUGGAGAAGUUACAAAUAGUACAAGAAGAGAACAGCAGGUUGAAGACCCAGUGCCAUGAGUUGACUCAAGAGAGGAACGCGGUGAUUCGUGAGCGAAAUGCACUAAAGCAACAAAUGGCGAGCGUGGUGCGACAAUGGGAAGGAGGAGUGCGAGAUCGGAAUGAUAUAAAGCGACUCACGGAUGAACGAAACGCCGCGCUCACUGAGUACACGCUCAUCAUGAGCGAGCGAGAUACAGUGCAUAAAGAAAUGGAGAAGUUGUCUGACGAUCUUCAGGCGGCGUUGAAGAGAGUUGCAGCUCUAGAGGCAGCACUACAGGCCUCCAGGGAGGAACAACGAGCCUCCGCUGUACAGGCGGAGAGUUUACGGCGGGAGAUAGAAUCUGCACUAGUGGAUCGUGACCGUGCCAUCAAGGAGUGUAGUGAUCUCAAAACGCCGCAGAACAACGCGCUCGCCAAGUCCAGACAAGACAAUUCCGCGUAUCACCAUUUGGGUCUAGCAAGUGGUGUGGGUAACGACGGAUUCCUCAAUGGGCAACAUUCUAAUGAUCCUUCAUUGGAUAAGUUGCAAGGUCUAGUAGGGCUGGCGACGGAGGGCGGCGAUAAAGAACGGGGCGAAGCUCUGGAACAGAACAAUCCGGAGCUGGAGCGACUUCGUAAACAGCUGGAAAGAUUGCAGGCGGAACUCUCAGAUGCACAGAGGGAAGCCGAGGUAUCGAAACGACGGAGAGAUUGGGCGUUUUCGGAAAGAGAUAAACUCCUACAAGAAAGAGAAAGUGUCAAGGCUCUCUGUAACAGACUGAGAAAGGAGCGCGAUCAAAUGGUAGGAGAAUUAGCGGAUGCGCGGCGACAUGGCGGCAAGAAGAGCGAUAAUAAAGACAAACUGCGCGAAAUAGACGAAAGGCCGCGACAUGCGCACUCGCAAUCUCAUUCCAGAGACCGCGCCGUCGAUCCUGAUAUACAGGAUUACGAGUGGGACGUUAUUGAAGUAGAACUGAGCGGUUUGACCAAAGACGGAGACUUAGGGUUCGAGUUAUCAGGCGGCCGUGAUGAGCCCUGCUACCCUAACGACUACAGCGUCUACGUUACCGCUGUCAAGAAAGGUUCCGUAGCAGAGGGCAAGAUCAAGGUCUUGGAUCGGGUGACGGAAGCUUGCGGCGUGUGCGUGUGGUCUAGCGGUCACGCUGCAGCCGCGGCGUUGCGCGCAGCGCUGCAGCACGGUCACACCGCGCUGCGUAUACAGCGCGCGCGGGCGCAGCGCCGUCUCGUCCGCAUCUCCUCCUGUAGAGGGCUUGCGCUGCAACAUGGUAUUUUCAUCAACAAAAUUGCGUGUGGCAGCGUCGCCGCUAAGGAAGGCACCUUGUAUGUUGGCGAUCGAGUUGUCAGUAUAAACAACAGAUCAUUAGAAGGUAUGAAAAGUGUAUCCGAAGCGAUGGCUGUGCUGAAUGAGUAUCAAUACGAGUCUGUAGUACUCACUGUACUGAGGCCGCUGUAUCCUUGUUGCGACACUAGAGACAGAACGAUUACUAGACCACAUUUUGCUGCUUGGGUGUCGAGUUAUGGUUAUUAUGUUUUAACCACAGAUAUUAUAGGUAAUAUAGCACACGGUGAAAUUUCGUCUGCGCACAGUAGAUCUACCAAUUCAGACGAUGACCGAAUAUUUAGUAUGUACGAGCACUCGUUCUCGGACGGCAAGGUGAACAUAUGCUCGCAAACUGACGAGUCGUGGUGUCAAUUUCUACCUCCGCCUCAAGAUCCCAAGGUACACAUAGAUCAUUGUGUGUCUGACUUCGACAGGCGAUAUGUGUAUCACGUUGCUGGUAGCCAGGGGAAAAUACAUCAGGAAAGAGGCACUUGGGACAUGAUUCGCGGUAAGAUUGAGGCCGUGACGGGACGCAGUAAGUCGAAAGACAAACAGAAUAAGGUGCCAGAAUCUGACGCUAUCGCGGAGUUAGAUUCGGUUAUCGACAGCUAUCAUGGCAAGACAAUUAAAGAAACUAGUAGCGUUUUAAAACGUUCGCGGCGGAAAAAUAAAGAAGCGCAAAACGAUACAAAAAAUGGUGGGACGUGGCCUAAGGCUAGAGCCAACUUCAUUCUAGAGGAAAACUCGACAGGAACUAUCGUUCAACCUCGCUCUAGAAAAGAAAGACCCCCCCUUUCUAUACUGCUCAGUCCACCUACUAAAUUACCACCGGAACCACAGAGGUCGAAUAUCAAUCGGAAUUCGAAUCCGAUACCACUAGGACAUGCACCUCUAACUCAAGCCACGGCGCCCGCGAGGCACUCCGUUUAUAAAUCCAUCGAAUCUUCCCCUGCGAUCGAGCACUUUCCGAAACCGGCACCACUUGCCAUUCACAAUCCUUUCGCUUCACCUACUAACAUGAACUACGACAAAAUACGAACUCUUGAGAAAGAUAAGAUGUCUAUCAGUGAUUAUUCGGAACAUGACAUAACGCCGAAUCGCCUCAGUUUAGUAUUGAACCCCUCGGACGACUCCUUGGAUUAUCAACCGGUUACGAGGAACAGGACGAAGAGUCCGCACUCAUUAGACUUUAUGGUGAACAAAGGGCCGAGUUCGCUAGAUUUCGUGACAAGAAAGUCGCCUAGCUCAUUAGAACAUUCUAUUAAGAAUCACCCGGGAAAGGAUCUGUUAGACAAUUACUACUCCAGCAAGAAGUCGUCGUCGCCGAAAACGGUGAACAAAUAUCCUUCGGAUAGCGACAGUUUCGGCCCGGACAGUCUUAACAGCAACGCGAAUUACCCUAUGACCGGCACGCUUCCUACACAAUCACGUUUACAGUCGCAGUAUUACAGAGGACCGUUUGUAAACUCGAACCCGCAUCCGUCCCGAUACCCACACUUGGCAAGCCCCACUAACAUACCUCAGAGCCAAUCUGGUGAGAGUAUUGGGACCAGUUAUGAUAUGCAUUCGUUUACGUCACACGCACACAAUAUGUCCGAUCUACAACCGGUGCCGCGAACGAAUAGAGUUGGAGACUACCACCACACAUACGAAGGGGGAACUUUUCCUAGAAAAAAAGAGAACCAGAGAUUUCGAAUUCCGUCCAACCCAAGUGUGACUUCCAAGAAUUCCGCCGGCAAAUUGAGUACCGGGUCCAUAGAGAGGAGUUCCGAGAGGAACUCACCGAUGCCAACAUUUCAUGUCGAAGUGUUGAGUCCGGGAAGAGGGGCUAAGCCAUCGACACAUAAAGGCACAAGGAAUUCUAUGCCCGAGUACUGCGCUCUAGGUUGGGACAAACCCUUACCGGGGGAGCUGCGGAGAGUACACAUAGACAAAAGUCAGCAGCCGCUUGGCAUACAGAUAUACUGUCCGCCUAGCAGUGGAGGAGUAUUCGUGUCGACGGUGAAUGAAAACUCGCUGGCCAGUCAAGUUGGCCUUCAAAUAGGUGAUCAGUUGUUGGAAGUGUGUGGUAUAAACAUGCGGUCAGCUACAUAUACUCUCGCCGCUCGGGUGUUAAGACAGAUUGGCAAUUCGAUAACUAUGCUCGUGCAAUAUAGCCCCGAGAAAUAUAAGGACGAGGUGGAAGUGCCCGGCAGUUCUUCAUCCGGCGAGAGUUCUCACGAUGAGGAAGUGUCAUUAUCUGGGUCUCCUACGCCAAGGAAUUCUCCAGGUCCUCAGCAGACUUUGCGCGCGGAAGCCCCAUCCGGAGAUGCAGCCCCUCUCCGGCAAACUUCUGCCAAUAAGGAGUUACCCAGGUUUCUAUUGAUAGAGAUGAGAAACUGCUCCGAUUUGGGCAUAAGUUUAGUGGGCGGUAACGCUGUCGGUAUUUUCGUACAUAGCGUCCAGUUGGAUUCUCCCGCGCAUAUUGCUGGUUUGAGGACUGGCGAUCAGAUACUUGAGUACAAUAAUGUUGAUUUGAGAAGAGCAACUGCUGAGCAAGCCGCUUUGGAGUUGGCUAAACCAGCAGAUAAAGUCAGUGUUCUAGUCCGCCACGAUCUUCAACAGUAUCAUGAUAUAAAAGAUAAGCCUGGCGACGCGUUCUACAUACGCGCCGGUUUCGACCGGUGCGCGAAAAUCACCUCCAUAGGGAUGGAUACCAUAGACGAGUAUUCUCUAUGGUUCAGGAAAGAUGAGGUGUUGUUUGUGGAUAACACUCUGUUCAACGGUGCCCCGGGCUUAUGGCGGGCGUGGCAACUUGACUGCAAGGGAGUGAAACGACAUUGGGGAACGAUACCUAGCAAAUUCAAAGUCGAAGAGAUUCUGAGGCGAUCAAUGGGAAGCAUAGAGAGUGAAGCACAACGUCGCGCGGCAACUACUGCUCGGAGAUCGUUUUUCCGACGCAAGAAGCACCGAGAUAGCAAAGAGCUAGCGUCUUUCUCUAAUACUGAGCUCGGCUGUUGGAGUGACUCUGGCGCGCUCGCUGAUGAUCCACCGCUACUGUCCUAUCAGCGCGUGGACAGAUUGCACUACGGCAACCACCGUCCUGUUGUGGUGCUGGGCCCAUUAUGGGAAUGCGUGGUGGGCAAGCUUGUGUCGGAUUGGCCCCACGUAUUUGCCGCGGCCCCCGCCCGCCCUCCGCGUACUGCGCCCGACCAUUUGCCGUUACAUGCCAUCAGGGAACGGGCCGAGAAGGGCAUUCACUGCAUCUUAGACAUAAGUGUAUCGACAAUCGAGAAGCUUCAUAAACAACAGAUCUACCCGAUAGUUCUGUUCAUAAAGUUCAAGUCGUUUAAGCAAAUCAAAGAGGUGAAAGACACACGGUACCCGGCCGAUAAAGUGUCCGCGAAGGCCGCCAAAGAGAUGUACGAACACGGCCUUAAGGUGGAGAACGAGUAUAGGAAUUAUAUCUCAGACUACGAGUUUCUCAAAGAACUCCGUCGCAUCGCUAGACACAACUGUCCUAAGUGCGAGCGCAAGAGAUCGAGGAAAACUGAACAGCGAAACAGAAAAGAGAAGAAGCCGAAACGCGUCGUUCGAUAUAAGAAAUGCGAACGUUGCGCGCCAGACGAGACGAAACAUUGCCGGUUCUGCUGCAGGGUAUGCGCCCGUUCCACAGACACUUUGGACUCUGUCGACGACGAAUCUACGUGUGCCGAUUCUAAAGCAUCAAUUAAAGAGUCUCGCUCGAAAUCCACCCCUCGAAGUGUACCCCGCGAGCGAAAAAACUCUGUACAGUCCCUCAAAUCGGUCACUUUCCUCGAGUCUGGCGACGAUGAAUCGAAAGACGGAACUGAUUACACGGCGAAGAGUUUCACUAAUGACCUAAAAAAGUUCCUAUUGAAGCCGUCGACCCCGCGUCGGAGUUUACGGGACAAGUUCACAAGCUUCAAGCAGGAGUUGGAAGCUACUAAAAAGUCGCCGAAAUUAAAAGCGAUUAAAGAUGCCACGGUCUUGGUGCUAGUGACGCGCGAGCUCGAAGCUUUUACAGCUGUGUCUUAUCGCGUUCGACUAUACAUACUUUUUAAUCUUUUAACAGAUAUUUGUGGUAAUGGUGCAAUAUUGGUGGAUGACGAUGUGUCAUAG